CAGUAUGGGGCGUUUCUUCCCUAUUUAUUAUUACUGCUCUCCUCCUGCGCUCUGUUCCCUCCCCGUGUCGCUCCUUAUCUUCCCCGUGCACUGCUUUUGUUUCUCCCUCGGAUGCAUCUGGAUGUCCCGUCAUGCAGUCUUUCAGCUCGGUAAGGGGAACGAGACCGGGACCGAGACCGGGACCGCGUCUGCACGCGCAUCAUAUCAUGGGACGCGCGUGGCUCUGAUCCAGACUUUCAGUAUCGAUCCCGUCUCCGUGAGCUGAUUACAGAGCAGUGAUCCCCCAAACACACACACACACACACACACACACACACACACACACCGCUUAAUAACGGAAUGUAAACGUGUACACCGGCGUCUGUACUACAGCUUACAGCCGCACAGAGAGCUUCACUUACAGGCUGAUUUACUGGUCGCCAUGCAGAGGAGGCGUCCGGUGUCAGAGUUCGAUUACCAUGGCUAAGGUGGUUGGGAAGAAGCUGCACUGGCGCUCCAAGGUGCAAGAGAGCUUCGUUCCUCUGUUGGGCAGCUCAGGAGAAUUGGGUGUGGCCAUCGGAGGAGGCGCAGACUAUGGUGAGUUUCCGUUUGUCACAGCCGCACCGGGAGGUGGAAUCACAGUCGACGAAAUCAUUUUGGAGAUCGGCGGGACACCUGUUCUGGGAAUGACCUUAGGUGACGUACGUGGAGUACUCAACUCCUGCCCUCAUCCGAUUCGCAUCAAGACGGUUACACCAGACUCAACACUGUGUAAGGAUCUGCGGUUGUAUCUGAGUAAAUGUUUCACACCUGGUUGCAUGGACAGCCAGCUUCAACAAGUCAUACGGGAAAAUCUCUAUCUGCGUGCAGUACCAUGUACAACCAGACAGCCUAGAGAUGGGGAGAUCUCAGGAGUGGAUUAUAACUUUGUUUCUGUCGAAGAGUUCUUCUCUCUAGAGGAGUCAGGAGCUCUGCUGGAGAGCGGCAAAUUCAAAGGGAACUACUACGGAACCCCUCGACCAAUCCACAUUGGUCCCGACAGCCCCCCCAUCACCUACCAGGAGCACCGCAAGCUUCUAAGGAACUUCCGCACACGCAGCAAAUCCCUCAGUAACCUGGAGAAAGCGGCAGAGGAAGGCUACAACAGUGAGGGAGACUCUGGGCUAUCAGGUGGCUCAGGAGGUGCCAGCAGCGUCCCUGCCCCGACAUCAUCCCCGAGCCAAUCUCGUAACUCCAGCGGAGGGGACGGCAGUGCCUUUGAGAACGGGAGCAGGCACAGAAGAGGACCACAGAGGGCGGGGCUUGAAACCUGGGAAAUGACCUACAGUGACUCAGGGGAACCAUACUACACAGAUCAUCAGCCCAAGCCAACUUACUGGCACACCCGACGCACGUCGAGCCAAGAGUCAGUUUUUAUGUCUGACAUCUGCGAAUUCACAGAUCAGCCAAGUGAGCUGAGAGGAUACUCGAUCCACACUCGGGUGUGCAAAGGACCGCAGGGCUUCGGCUUUAAAAUCGCCGGUGGCAGGCGGCCUCGAGAGUUCUUACAGAUAUACAGCGUAACACCUGGAGAGCCAUCAACUCUUAACAUUGGGGAUAUCCUGGUGUACGUUAACGACACCUGUGUGCUGGGCACUUCUCAUACAGAAAUACUGGAAAUGUUGAAGGUUGUGCCAGUGGGCCAGAGCGUGGACAUGGUGGUCCGUAGAGGCUACCCCAUGCUCUAUGACUCAGAUGGCAACCCCAGACUGUCUCAGGAGCCUGCCUCUCAACCUUCACCUCUUCCAACCACUACCCAGCCCAAAGCCCAGGCCCUGCUCCCACACUCCCAGACACUUCUCAAUCACAGUAGGCUUAUGUACAAUGCAGAAGGAAGAUAUCCUAGAGCUUAUGGAAGAAGUGCAUCCAGGUUUAGCCUGGACGCCAAUGGAAAUGCUUCACAUUAUUCACCACCUUCGAGAAUGCCGUCUUCUUACCGAUACUCCAGCGAGGGAGAGAGCGAUAUCGUGAGGCCGCAAUAUUCUCAGAGAAGGAUCAGGCAGCUGCAGAGAGCAGAUCUGGCCAGCCAGAGUGACAGCGAAGUGAUUUCAGCUAUAGGUUCACACAGAGCCUCCUUUAUUCAAAACCACAACAACAACUCACUCUUCCCACCAUCUCCUUUGCGUGGUUACUCUACUAAGUCCUCCGACAGUGACCUUUCCUCCUAUGCCCCGAGCCCACCCCUUUCUCGCUUACCCCUCCCCCAAAAUGAAGCAGUCCAUGCCUCCAUCGCCUCCUCCCCUGGUGGGGGGAAACGAUACACACACUUUCAAAAUGGUCAACGCACCCUGUUCACACCUCCCACCAGCGUGCACUCAGAUGGGCCGUACUUCACUUUUGGAAGUGCCAACAGCGGCAGUCCAGGCAGUAGCGCCCCUUCACCAGGGGCAAUGAGCAAUAGUGGGGGCCGGGAGCUUGUGCCCAUCGCCCUGGCAAAGUGCACACAAGACGGGAGUUUGGGGUUUAGCUUGAUUGCGGGCGGACAAGGCGGAAGGGAAGCUGUGGUGAAGAGAGUGUGGAACUGGCAGCAGUGUAACGGCCUCCAGCCUGGAGACACCAUUGUGAAGAUCAACGGAGUCAAUGUGCAAAGCCUCAGCUUCAUUCAGGUCUAUCGUACUUUGGAAGAGCACACCAAAAAUGGAGAGGUCAUUGUGCUAGUUCAGAGAGGAGGCUCCAUAUAUUCGUCCAUCUCUCCAAAGUCUAAGCGCCAACACAGCACUGCCCUGCCACGCCCUGCCUCUGCCUCUCAGAUCCCUCUUACUGAUACUCCACCUGUGCUACGGAAGUCUCUUACACCACCCCCUCAGUCACUGGUGCGUUCUUCUUUGGUCCAGAGCACCAGCUUCUUGGACUCUGUACCUGUCACUCUAACGCUGGAGCCUCGUGAUUGGAUGAGUACUGAGGAGGGCGGGACUACUCUCAAUCCCAGAUUGAAGACUGAAGGGAAGGGCAGGUCACCUUUGCCACGGGGAUUCGAGGUGGAGUUAAAGAGGAAACCAGGAGAGGGAUUUGGGUUUGUGAUUGCAUCACAGGACGUUGAGAACGGCAGAGCGGCAUCUCUGCUGCCUCACCGGUUUGUGACUGUACGCCGUGGCAGUCCUGCAGCACGAAGUGGCCUGAUUCGGCCCGGCGAUCGGCUGGAGUCAGUAGAGGGACGUAGUGUGGUUAAUCUGCCCCACAGAGAGCUGGCACAAAUACUGCGCAGAGCGGGCAACACAUUGCGUCUGUCUAUAGUCCCACGCGCCAGCGCUCAUUCCACUGAGCACUCAGACAGUGAUCCCCAUCACAGAAGCAGAAAGCCUCACAGGUCCAAACCUAAGGACUCAUCACGGUACUACAGUGUGGAGCUAGAGAGAGGUCCCACUGGUUUUGGGUUCAGUCUUAGAGGAGGUAGCGAAUAUAAUAUGGAUCUUUAUGUUCUGGGCCUGAUGGAAGGAGGACCGGCCUCAAGCAGCCGAAAGAUGCAGGUUAGUGACCAGUUAGUGGAAAUCAAUGGGAACAGCACAGCAGGUAUGAGCCACAGUCAAGCUGUGGAGCAGAUCAGGACUGCAAGCCAUAAGCUACAUCUUGUCCUGAAAAAAGGCAAUGGAUACGUCCCUGACUAUGGCCAUGAUCAAGGAGCAGCCGUCUCCUCCCUGCCCUCAGCCCUGCAGUCGCAUCUGGCUGCAGUGAAUCACCAACACCACCGUCUGAAUUCCAUGUCCAGCCCUACAAGAACAGGCAGGACCCUCGACCAGAGAGGAAGAACAGAGCACCAGGGCGGGGAGGAGAGCCCCAAACAAACACAGGUCACAGGACACAGGUCUAAGGACAGGAGGAGGAGACAAAGCUCCCACAGUUUACCCAGAACCAUCCAUGGACGACACAGCGAUGGAGAGGAUAUCAGUGAACCAGCAACGAGAGGACGACUUAGGCAGAGAGAGACAAAAAAGGAGAGGGGUAGGAGGAGUAAAAGUGAGGAAAGAAGGAGACAGCCAACAAAUGAGAGUGAGGAAGAGACUAUAGGUGAGAAAGAGCAGCGAGACAAAGAGCAGGAGAGAGAGAAAAUGCACAUGCAUAUUCGUGAGAAGAGGUUUGUAGAGUCGAAUCAGAAAUGGAAUGAGAAGGAACUGCAAAACAGUCAGUUGUCUCAAGAGGAUGAAUCCUCUCGGGGAAAUCAGGGAGUUGAACACUACAGAGCGAGGAGAGAUGGGCAGCUGAAAGUUGAGUCAAAAGGUAAGACAAAGCAAAUGCUGCCAAAUGAUUUGGGAGGAGAGAGAACAGGGCAGCGGGAUAUCAACCGUAUACCCUAUGUUGGUAUGUCUUUGCCAGGGCAAGAAAAAAUUCAGUGUAACAACCUCUCUGCCCAUGAAUCUGAUCAGUCUCCAUUCUCCUUUCUCAUGUCCCAUCAACCACAACUCACAGAGCCAGAAUCAGAAAUGAAUGGAUCAGCGGCCAGUCUCCCUAAGUUCUCUACCUAUAAAAUGUACAGUUCAGGAUCCAUAGUGCAGAUUCCCUGGCUCAGGCCCAGUCUGCACACACUCAGUAGAGAAAUGGUUAGAAGCCAAAUUACAGGAAGUUUAAAGGACCUUACAAAGUUCUGAAUUGAUGCAUUUUUUGCAUUAUAAUGCCACCAGGUCAACUAUUUGAAAUCCUUUAAUCAAUUGAAAUAGGCUAUAUUAUAAGCUGUUGGGCCACAUUAACUUUAUUAGUUAUUAGUUUAUUACUUUAUUACGAUUCAAAUUAAAAUCUUUCUGUCUUCUGCUUUUCUUCCUCAGUUGAAUGCUUGAGGGACGUUUUAUGUCCUCAUGUUUUUGUCAUAUUUUGUGCCUGUUUUUAGAUUCUGCUCUGGGACAGCUUUAAUUGUCUUGCUUUUUCCAAAGCUUGUUAUAGAAGGGAAGACUGACUGAAUAAGGAACUAGAACAUAAGGAACAUGAAGCAAUACAAUGCCACAAGCCAAGAUUUUUGAUAUGCAAAAAAAAUAUAUCAAUGGUUUGUUUUAUGUACAUUAACAUUUCCUUAUAGAAAUAUUAUGUAUGGCAUAAAUCAUUUUGGGGUGUGAUGUUAUAGGAAAGUAAUUCAGAACAAGGGUGUUGUGACAAGACAGGAGUUACUGAUAGCACCCAGAAGCUGAUUACUUUCCCAUAACAACAUUUCAUGCAGAGUUUUAUCCCUUUUAUACCACAGCAGUCCCAACAAUUACAAAUUAAAAUUUACUUAUUGAACCACGUCGUCCCAUUCAUAGCUACGUUCAAUGUUCUGAAACAUCUGCAAGACAAAUUAGUUUUGCCAUGACCUCAAAGUCGUUAAUUCACCAGCGUCUCUUUUUCUCCUGAAGACUAUACUGCAGCAGAAAACUGACUGAUACAAAGCCAUGGCAGUAAAGAUUUUUUAUGCUUAUUCCUAGACUUAAAUUAUGAGGAACACCUACAGUAUCUUUCAAGUCUCUGAAAUCGAGCUGUUGCUAUAGAAACACUAAUAUUUUAGAAUGAAAUAAUUAAUAUAAACCUGGCAAAGCUGCUGUUAUCUAAAAAUAAUCAACUCUUUUUUGGCUGAUCAGAUUCGAGAAUUAAACAUCGCUGUGGUGUAAAACACAUUAAUCAGGUCAACUUAUUGUAUCGUUUUUGUCUUGGGACCUCAUCCAGACCUCAUCCAAAUAACAAUUACAGGGUUUGGCAUUUGAACGAAUUGCUGUGCGUUAACAUAAUGCAACAUGUGUAUUUACUCCACACUUCUUUAUUUGAGCCCCACAGGUUUUAUGCCUUCUAAGUGAACCUUAUCAUUUUGUGGCUCAGUUAAACAUUUUCCUGUCACCUCAUCAUUGUCCUUCUAACCUCACUGACCUCAUAUUGAGUUUAGCCUAGAAUAUGAACGCCUGAUGAAUGAUAAGCCAUUGCCUAUGGCAAUAACCACAUGACCGAUGUUUUAUGUUGCCUGUGAAAGUCACAUUGUCCUACAAUGUCCAUUGUUAAGUACUGAAAUCACACUAUGCAGCAGAGAAAUGGAGGAUUUAAGGAGGAACAGAAAUAGCCAGUAGUCACAGAUUGUCACUACGCAUUUUACUCCCAAACUUAGAGAUCAUGAAACAGUAACUGAAAGUGCCCUCUGUGUUCCAACACGACACAUUCAAGACAUCAGUCCCCAUCUCCUUCCUCCUUCCUUUGCCAUUCUGUACUGGAUGGAUAUGCACCUCAUGGAUAAGGACUAAUCUUAGGAGUUUGUUUCACUGACUAUACCUGUUUUAGUUGUUUGUUUUUUUAACCAAAGACUGCAGUAAAUCUUUGAAGCUGGAAUCACAAGCCUUUGUUUGAAAACUGUGUAAAGCCCAUCUUGGAAGUGGUUGGUGAUAUUUUAUCUUUUGUCGAUAAACAGGUGGACUUUUCUGUGUUUGCGUCCUUAACUUGUUCUGUCUAAAUGUUCAAAUAAGGGCAAUUGAACAUCAGUAAAUGUAUUAUGCUGCUAUUCAGCCAUAAGCCAGUGUAGACGAAUUAUUAACUACUUAGUGUUCUUUCCUAUGCCUCAGGAGAAAUUCUCAGAUGGAAGUAUAAAAUGUUUUUUUUCUCCAGAGGUAUGAGACAGGAAUAGGUUUAGAAAAGACCUAAUACUUUUGUACUUAUAAUAAAUAGAGUGUCAGAUGCCAAAUGUAUACUAGUAACCAGUAUGAUGUCACCAUUUUAAAGCAUUCAUAUAGCCAUAUAGUUUCUACAUUCCCAGCAGGUCUGGGCUAAGUUUCAGUCUCAGUGUGUACCGUAUGUGCUGUAAAGUAAGAUUCAUAAACCGAUCGUAAGAAAAAGGAUAUGAGCCAGUGCCAGAUGCAGCUUUACAUUUAAGAUCCUUUCUUCUUUUUGCUGAAUAUAUAUACAUAUAUG